UCUGUCCUGCUGAAGAGGAGGAUCACAUUUUGUCCUGGUGUUAAAACAGAGCAGGUAGACGCACAGGAAGAGGGGGAAACAUGAUUUUUACGACUGUGCUCUGUCUGCUGUUACUGCGGCCUGGCUUCGCCGCUCUAAUGAGUUCUCCAUUGGAAGAGCAUUUUCAUCACUCCCCCAGUCAAAGAGACAUAGUUUCAUCUCCGGAUGCCUCAGGGAACAGGCGGCUGCGUCGCUGGGCUCUGAUGCCUGAUAUCACACAUCUGGAGCUGCUGGUGGUGGUCGGGCCUGAUGUCCAGCAGGUCCACAAGCAGGACACAGAACGAUACAUCCUCACCAACCUCAACAUUGCCUCAGAGCUGUUGAGAGACAUGGCCCUGGGCGCCAAUAUGAGGGUGCACCUGGUCCGCAUGAUCAUCCUGUCAGAGCCAGAGCCAGAGAUCCAAAUGUCUCCCAACAUCACCUCCUCUCUCAGAAGUUUGUGUGACUGGGGCCGAAGGAUAAACCCCUCAAACGAUACUGACCCACUACACGCUGAUCUCCUGUUAUACAUUACACGGUACGACCUGGUGUUGCCCAACGGGAACAAUCAGGUCAGGGGUGUAGCGCAGCUGGGAGGGGCUUGCUCCAGUGAAUGGAGCUGUGUGAUCACGGAGGACACGGGCUUUGACCUGGGGAUCACCAUCACUCAUGAGAUUGGCCACAGUUUUGGAAUCAACCAUGACGGAGUAGGAAACACGUGCAGCAGGAGUGGGUUCAUGAUGGCCUCUGACGGAGGCUACAACAGUGUGGAUCUCACCUGGUCUCCCUGCAGCAGACAGCAGCUGCUCACAUUCUUCAGUGAGGGUAAAGCUGAGUGUGUAAAGGACCUGCCUGUACUUGGAGGCUCCCUACAAGACUGGAAGCCUGGUCUAUACUACGGAGUUGAUGACCAGUGCCGCAUAGCUUUUGGUAGCACUGCAAGAGCCUGCUCUUUCACCAACCCUGACCUGCCAGCUUGUCGUGUCCUGUCCUGUCACAUUAACCCUGAUGAUAACAGCUCCUGCAAACGUCUCCUUGUUCCACUGCUGGACGGGACAGAGUGUGCACCUAAUCAGUGGUGUCUGAAGGGGCGUUGUGUGUCUUUAGAUGAGCUCAGCUCUUCUGUGGUGGUUCAUGGCUCUUGGUCCAACUGGUCUGGGUUUUCCCACUGCUCACGGACAUGUGGUGGGGGAGUCACCAGCCGCACACGGAAAUGCAAUAACCCAAGACCUGCUUUUGGAGGGAAUGAUUGUGAGGGAUCGGAUAUUGAGGCUGAACUUUGUCACCAGCAGCCUUGUGAGCUCACCCAGCUGGAUUUCAUGGCAGAGCAGUGUUCCGACACAGACCGCCACCCCCUCUACCUGCGACCAAACACUGCCUCCUUCUACACCUGGAUCCCUGCUAUAGGCUUUGCAAAAGGGAAUGAGCAGUGCAGAUAUUUGUGCCAGUCAAAAGGAGAGAACUUCAUAGUGAGUCGUGGCUCUCAGUUUGUGGACGGGACUCGCUGUGAGUCAGAGAGCCCGCCUCCCUUUGGCUCCACAGCUGCUUGUCUAAGAGGGAAAUGCCAGCUGUUUGGCUGUGAUGGUAUGCUGCACUCUGGGAAAGUGAGGGAUGUGUGCGGGGUGUGUGGUGGAGAUGAAUCUUCCUGCACUUUGACCUCUGACUCCUACACUGGCGGCCAGGCCAGAGAUUAUACAACUUUCCUGUCUCUGCCUGUGAAUGCCACGCAGGUUCAUAUUGUCAACAGGGCACCUCUCUUCACUCACAUGGCUGUAAUGGUGGGGGAUCGGUACAUUGUGUCGGGGACGGGCAGCAUGGCACUGACUACGACCCACCCCUCCCCACUGGAUGAUAACCGCCUAGAGUACCACCUCCACCUGACCCCUGACCUUUUGCCCGAGAUGGAGGAGCUGCUGCUGCCAGGACCUCUGUCAGAAGAAAUAAACAUACAGGUCUAUCGCAAAUAUGGUAAAGAAUAUGGAGAGAAAACUAAUCCAAAUAUUAGCUACCACUUCUAUGUACCUAUCAGAAACAGUGACUUGACAGACAUCUCACCUAAUGGAAAAUGGGCUGUCUUCACAACACCCUGCUCUGUCUCCUGUGGAUCAGGUGUACAGAAGCAGGUAUAUGUCUGUGUCAAUGAAGACACCAACAACCAUUUGGAGGAACACUAUUGUGAAACAACUCCUCCACCCGUACCGCUCCACACAACCUGUCAGCUGUCCCUCUGUCCCCCCAGAUGGGAUACAGGGACAUUUGGGUCUUGUAGUGCCUCCUGUGGUGGAGGAGAGAGAGUGCGUCCUGUAAGAUGUGUUCAAGUACAUGGAGCCGACGUGGUAAAGGUUUCAGAUUCUGAAUGCCCACCUGAAAGUGCUCCAGAUACUGUUGAAAAAUGUAACCUGCAACACUGUCCUGCAAGAUGGCGAGUGUCAGAGCCAGGGGAGUGUUCAGCAGUGUGUGGGCCAGGAGAAGCGAAACGCGUCGUGUCAUGUGUCUGGCCAGAAAAUGGUCAAGAUGUUGAAGUGGAUCAAAGCGUUUGUUCUUUGCAGAACAAACCGACUGAUUCUGUGCCCUGUGUGGUAGAUGUUUGUCCCAUUGGAUGGCAAUCUAAGGGAGAGGACCAGCCCGUGCUCAGGUCAGGUGUGUCGCCACGCUCUAAACAGGCUCCUGUGUAUGUCUGGAGUCCUGUUAUCAGCCAGUGCUCAAAGACCUGUGGCAAUGGAACCCGGCAGGUGUGGUUCUCCUGUGUGGACCACCAGACCAUACUCCAGGUGAUGGACAUCCACUGCGAUGCUUCUACCAAACCUCCUCCUCAGUCUGAGGCCUGCAACACAUCUCCCUGCCCCCGCAUGUGGCGCUCUAAGCAAGGAGUCUGCAGUGUAACGUGUGGAGGAGGGGUGGCCAACAGGGUGCUGUACUGUGCUGUGGAAACAGAAGAAGAGGAGGAGGAGGAGGUGGUGGAGGAUUCAGAGUGCAGUGAGUUUCUCAAACCCACAGCAGUGGUUUCAUGUAACGACCACAGCUGCCCAGCAAGGUGGAAGGUGUUCAGUGCAUCGCCCUGCUCAGCGUCCUGUGAUUUGGGGGUAGCUCAGAGGACUGUGUCUUGUGUCCAAUUCGUUCACAGCAAGGAGAGUGUGGUGCCGGAGGAAAGCUGCCAUGCAGCUGUGAGACCAGCCACCACAGUGCCCUGCCUGGUGCAGAUCUGCACCUUUAGAUGGGAGGUGAAACCAUGGAGCCAGUGUUCAGUACCGUGUGGAUACGGGAUCCAGUCCAGAGCCGUGUCCUGCAUGGGCCCCUCUAAGCCGGAGCCCCUCAGCCCUCUGUUUUGUAUGCACAUGCCGAAACCCAUAACCAUCCAGGGCUGCUAUUUGGGCGGCUGCGUUCUGCCCACCUCAGAUGUCACCACCAAAGUUACACCACAGCACCCAUCGGACCAUCUCUCUCCAAGUCCAACAGAGCAAACCGCCGUUCCACAGGCCACAACAACCACCAUCCCAACACUUGAACCCAGUGCAUGUGGACAGCUACUCCUGGAAGAAUCAGGCACGGUGGAUUUGAAAGACGUGACUGGCCGCUGCACAGUAUCCAUAGGUCGACCCCUUGAUGAGAUCAUUCACAUUAAAGUGCAAAAUGGCUCUUUGAACUGCAGAAAAAAGGAGUAUGUUGCAUUUUUUGACCGACUGGUAUUUGUGAGGAGGUGCGAGCAGGUAGUCGGUAGUGAACUGACAACCAGAACCAACGUCCUGCUGGUGCGCCAAAAACUGCUCACCCCCGGGAACGGGGUUGUGUUUACCUACAAUUCACAGAAAAACACGAAGAAGAGCCACCAUCAGGAUUGUGACAUUCAGCUGUUUUCCCCGACUGGUGUCUUUGAGAAUCCAACAACGUCCAACACCAACCACACCUGUCGAGUGCUCAUCAACGCCCCUCCAUCAGUCAAGAUUAGUAUCCAAGCGCUACACAUAGGAUUAGUAUUCAACGCCACCAACUCCCACUCUACAUACAUUAUGAUCCGGGACAUGGAUGUCUUAAAGACCAAUGUGUUUAAAGGCGGACAGCUGUUUCAGUGGCACUCCUCUGGAAAUAUGGCUGAGAUUGAAUUUCAUGGAGACUACAUGCAUGCCAAAGGAAGCUUCAGAGCUGAAUAUUCAUUUAUGCGUCUUUGAUACUCAAUAUUACCCAUUUGAGGAGUUUUGAUGAUGUACAUUCAGUAUUUCUUUAGUUUAAGAUGCUCAUAUUUUUUUAAACAGACAUUAACUUCUAUUCUGUUAGUGGGAACACUUAAAAAAAAAAGAUCCUUUUGUUUUGGUUUCAUUCCUAUGUGUUAAUUAUUUUGACUCAAAAUAAAUAAUAAUAAAAAGUCAAGCAAGGCCAGUACUAUUUUGUAGACUGCACCAGGGACUUGUUAAGUAUAAUUCAAGAAAAACUAUUAUACUAUUACAAUCAACAAAUUAUGUUAAUGUAAUGUUUAGAUAUAACACAAUAUAUUAAAAUGUAUAAUUUCCAUUGUAAAGAAUUGCAUCUCAACACAAAGGCAGUCACGCAUUGCACUUCCCACAACCCUUAUGAUAACAGGUUCCCCCUCAGCUCCGCCACACUCGGUACAUUGUGCGUCUGUGUCAGCGUGGCAUCCUGCCAGCGACUCCGCCGCACCGGUUCAGUUCCAGCUCCCGCACAGCCCCUAUGGGACAAAAGCGCCAUGCCAGGCUUCCAGUGUGGGA